AUGGACACUUUAGAUCAUAAAGAGAACAAUUAAAAUGUGCUUCUCGAUGAUGUGAGCUCUAAUAUGGAAAUAUUUCAAUUUUUAAGAAAAUAGAAAGUAAUUAGCAAUUUAAUUCUCAAUAGAAUUAUAGAUAGAAAAAAAUAAAAGAUGUAUAACAAAUUUUUGAGAAUGGACCUAGAUUAGCAAUUAUAAAACCAUGUUUGAAUAAUGAAUAAUAAAACUCUAAAUAGAGUGAAGAGAAAACAUCAUCUUCUUUAAAUUCAAACAAUUAGAAUAGAAAUCUGGUUUAGAAAAUUUUAGAUGCUUUGUCAUCAUUAUCUGAUAAUCAAUCAAAAAAUAAAGUGAUAAAGUAAUUCCUUUCUGUCUCUACUACUUAUGCUAAAUAUGAAAGGAUGAAAUUGAUUGAAAAAUAUAUUUCAGAUAAUCUUAUUUAAUACCUAAAAGAUAAUUAUUGUGUUGAUAUAUUUAAAUAAUUGAAUGAAUUAUAUAAAAUGGUAAAUAUAAUAAUUUUAGCUAGUAAUUAGAAUAAUAAAUUUAGAAUGUAUUAUUCUUUGAAGCAGCAAUGACAGAAUUUUAAAAAUAAAUUAUUUACAACUCAGCCUUUUUAGCUUCUUGUUUGAUGAAUAUAUACUCUUCUAAAUUAUAAUGUAUAAUUAUAUACUAUAAAUAGAAAACAUAAUCAAAUAGAGAUUAAUAUUCUUGAAUUUAACUGGUUUAAAUAAUAAAGAUGACUAACUUCACAAAGAAAAAUACUAAGAUGAUUGCCUUUAUAUUUCAUUAUAGAGAGUUCAUAAUAUAUAAGAAAUAGAUAGAAGAGGAUUAUUGAAUUUAAAUUAAUCUAAUUUUAAGACAAUAUAUUUUGAAGAAAUUGAAGAGAAAUUGACAUGGAAAUAAUUUAGAAUUAUUUACAAAUUCUAAAUCAAAAAAUUAAUAAAAAAUUUCAAAUCAAAUUUAUUCAUUUUAUCAAUAGCAAAACAACUCAAUAAUGUAAUAUUUAUUUUAUCUUAGGAAAAUCACAUCAAUUUUACAGAGGAUUGCAUAAAAAAUAUGAUUAAAAAAUUCUCAUUUUUAGCUAAAGAUAGAUUGAUAAUACAUUCUUAUAUUAGUAGUUGUAAUGGUGAGAAAAUAAAAGAUGAAUUAAUAACUUAUAUCAAUUGUUUGCAAUAAGGAAUAUUGUCUUAAGAAAUUUUACUUUCAUAAGAAAAAACUAUGGAGAAUAAAUAAAUAUAAUUUGAUUAUUGGAUUUAAAGUUUAAUUAAAAAAAAUAAAAAUGGGAUGAAUAUUGAAUAAUAAGAAUUAAUUCAAAGAGAAAUAAGAAAUUAAAUACUUAAUUCUGAAUUAUUAUUAGUGAAAGAAUCAUCCAACUUUAAACUUGGAAUUUAUUUUAUGAUGGAUUAGAUGUAAAACAAUUAAAAAAAUUAUCGAAAAAUCUAUUUGUUUUAUAAUAACAUAAAUCUAAAGUUUCUGAAUAAUACCAUAUUAUAUGUAGACUAUAUAGGUAUGUAAAUAGCCCUGUUGCAAUAUGAUAAGCAAAAUUAUUUUGUGUAUUAUACAAAAGAUAAAAUUUUAGAUCCAUAUAAAAGAUAAUAAAAAGCCAAAUUAGAUGGUCCUCUUUCUGAUGAUUAAGAUAUAUAUUGGUAUAUUUGAUUUUAAAUUAGUGAGAGGAUUAAUUUAUCAGAAGAACUAUAAAAAUAAAAGAUAGUUUUAGAUGAACCAAUAAUACCCAACUCUUCAUUAAUAGUAAAAAAUUAGAAAAUUUAUAUUAUUUAUGUUAAUAAAACUUCAGAAAUUUUGAUGAUUGAUUUAGAAAAUAAUUCUAUUAAUGUUUUGCAAAGAAAAAAAUUGAAGAUUAAUGAAAAUACAGUUGAGGAUAAUAAACUUAAAAAAAUUUAUAAUUAAAAUUAAGAAAAUGUUUAGAAUUAAAUUAAAGAUAGAAGAAAACCUACUAUUGUUUACAAUCCAUGUAUUGAUGAUUUUGAUUUUAUAAUUUUUGGAGGAGAAUUUAAAACGUAUAUAAAUAUAAUUAAUCCAUUUAGUUCCAAUUAAUUUUGUAAUUUAAUUGAAUUACUUAAAGUAGAAAGUCAAGGUUUUUCUUCAGUGAUUAUUCCUAAAGAAAUUCUAUAUUAGAAAUGUAAUUAUUACAUACCUUGGCCAAACAUGAUAGUUUUAGUAAAUGAUCAACUUCCAUAACAAUAUAUUCUAUUACCUGGGGAUUAUAAUAAUAAAAUCUUUUAUUACAAUUAAGUUAUCAAUAAAGAACAUCAAGAAAAAGCAAUAUUAAUUACAUAUCAUCCAAAUAUAACUCAAUUUCAAUUUGACUAUUUGAAAAUUGUUUAUGAUAAUGAUAAAAAUAUCUAACCUCUUCCUAUUUAAUAUUUUUCAGGAAAUUAAAGAAAUUUUAAGAAUCCUAAAGGAAUUUAAUAAUAAUGGUAUCUUGCUAUAACCUUAUUGGAAAGCAUAUCUUCCAAAAUUAGGUAAUUAUUUAUAUAGGCUGAGAUUGAGAUCAAAGAUAAAUAAUUGAUCAUUAAAUAAUCAAUUACCUAUGAUGAAUGCAACAUGAUUUUAGAUAAAUAGAUAACAUAUUGUGAAGAAUAUAUUAAUAUUUCUAACAAAUAAGUUGAGACUAAUUUCCAAGUUUAGAAUCUACAAGCAAAAAACUAUCAAAAAGAGAAGAAAUUCAUUUCUAAAAUGAGCCGAGAAUUAGAAUUUAAUUGA